AUGGCUGUGAUGGGACCAAGUGGUUCUGGGAAGACCACUCUCCUGAAUACUAUUUCUGGCCGAAUGCAGAUGUGCCAAGGUUCUAUUAAGCUCAAUAGCAACAAAUUAACUCGAAGUUUGCGUAGACAAAUUGCUUAUGUUUUGCAGAAGGAUAUUUUCCCAUCAAAACUGACCCUCAGGGAAAUGCUCCAUUUUACAGCCAUGAUUCAGUUGCCAGAGAAAAUGUCAAUAGAACAGAAAAAGAAAAGAAUUGAUAACAUUGUGAGUGUGAUGGAACUGGAAAAAUGUCUAGAUACAGUUAUGGGAAAUUCUAUGAACCGUGGUUUAUCAGGAGGUGAGAUGAAAAGAGCAAAUAUUGCUUGUGAACUCUUGACCGAUCCCAACAUUAUUAUAAUUGAUGUUGUCUUUCAUGGAGAAGCAAGCCGUUGCCUCGAUGUUUUUGAAACUUAUGGACUUUAUUGUGCUGAACAUUACAAUCCAGCAGACUUCAUCUUGGAUAGUGUCCAGUAUAUAAAUGAAAAUGUGAAACAAAUGAUAAAAGAUUCCAAUGUAAAUAAAUACAUGAAAAAUCAGUCACAGUCCACAGAUAUUAAUUCUGAAGAAACUCGGGAAGUUCCUUCAGCUAACAAUGGUGAAGUGUCCUUUUUAAUACCCAGAGAAGAGGCUUAUCCAAAAUGGCCAACAUCUUUCUUUACACAAUUCUACUGGUUAGCAUGGAGAAAUUACAAACAGUCUAAAACUCGGAUUAUUUCUAAAUUUGAAAUUGCCAGAGCCAUCAUUCUCUCUAUCUUUCUUGGUCUUGUCUAUUUCCAACUUGAACGAACAGAGGAUAAAAUUCGGGAAUACAAAGGACUGUUGUUCUUCCUUGUUACACAUUGGACAUUCCAACCUUUGUUGGAAGCUGUACUUUCUUUUCCUACGGAGAAAGAGAUUCUCUAUAAAGAGCGUGCGGCUGGUUAUUAUCGGCUAUCAGCCUACUACUUGGCUAAGAUUGUCAGUGAGGCACCACUGACUCUUGUCCUGCCCAUGUUCAGUUUUAUCAUUGUCUGCAUGUUUGCUGGCUUAUAUCGACCAGGUGUUUUGUUUGCCUCUAUGGGUACACUGGUUUUUCAUGCUGUUUUGUCUCAGGGCUUUGGUAUUUUAUUUGGCGUUAUCUUUUUAGACACACAAUGGGCUUUAACUUUAUCUACAGUGUUUACAGUCGUCAAUAUGUUAGUUGCUGGAUUUUAUGCAGAAACUUUUCCAAGUUGGUUGACCUGGUCCCGGAAUAUUUCAUUUUUGGCUUAUUCCUAUAAUAUUUUAAUAUAUUUGGAAUUUUCACAUGGUGAUCCUGUCAAAUGUCUCAACAUUACACUUCCGAGUAAUUUUGGCCUGUGCCGUGAUGCGGUUGAUUAUGUCCCCAGCAAUUUGGUGAUUGAGAUGUCCAAAAUUGACCUUCCCUUGUUUGCAAAUGUGAUUCUUUUAAUAAUACUCUUUGUGGCAACCAGACUGGCAUCCUAUUUAGUUCUUCAUAUUGAAUAUUUAAUAAGACAGUUCGUAGAGUUUCUUUUUUUUCUCUUUCUCUUUCUCUUUUUUUUCUCUUUCUCUUUCCACUGUAUUCUUUUCGUUUUCUUUUUUCUCUCUGUUUUUUUUUUUUUCUUUUUUCUUCCAGUCAUUUUUUCUUUUUUCUCUCCCAUCUUUUCUGUUUUUUGCUUUUUACUCUUUUUCAUUUUCUUUCCUUCCAUUUUCUUUUUACCCUCUCCCAUUUAA